AUGAUGAACUUCAGAUCAAAGCUCAGCCGAGCUGGACAUCCUGAGGUUACAGUCAACUCUCUGAAGAAUAAACGGAAAGACCAGGAGAAGCCAGCGGCCAACAUCAAGAAGCCCAGGAAGGCAGAAGUUAAUUUCUGUCCAAACAUCCCCAGUGGUGAAACAAGAGAGAGUAUGGAGGCGGAAAGGGUGGCUCUACUGACAGAGUUAAAAAAGAAGAAAAAGGAUGAGGCUGAGAUCAAGAAGAAGAUGCAGCGUACCUUCUCGAUCAGGAGGCAGGAGGUUCUCCAGGAGCCAGCAAUUUCAGAGUUCCAAAACAGAUGGCCAGCACUCUUUGAUGUCAAUGAGAUCAACUUGGAAUUUAUGCGACUGACAACUGCACCCCUGACCUCCAAAUUUCUUGGAGAACUGGACCAUCAGACCAAUGACCUGAUUAAGGUUUUUAAUGCCAAAGGUGGAGCUGCAGGAAGAAAGAUCACCGCCAUAAUGGCCAAGAUGGAAAAUAAUGAAGACAUUAACGUGAGGCGUGAUUGUGUGCUUCGAUGCCUGAGCAUCUACCUCAAUGAAGAUCUGGACACACUGGUUAAAGAAUACAUGGAAGUAAAUCCACUUAGUUCAGAGGAGCCAGAGGAUACAGUGGGCCGGGUCCUGGCAUCUAAAAGCCUCCAUUAUGCCAAGGACGACAGUUUUCGUUCAAACAACAAGGAUGCAUGUUGUGGACUGUCUGCUUACGAACUCCAGCGCCUUGAGAACAUCAAAGAGAAAGAGGCCUUCUUGUCGUCUUUGAAGAUAUGGCAAGUCAAAGGCUUUAUUGGUAAAAGAGCAGUUUAUGCACUCUCCCCGGAAAUCCCUCCGUCUUAA